CGGCUCAAGUAUAAAUAGGAAAUUGCUCAUAGCUAUGAACAAGCCAGUAGCUCAGAAUAAUUUACACAAGUCUCUCCAUCCUACUCCGGCCUUCAUCGCAUCAUGCCUCCCUCAAUGCAGCACGAGCAGAGCAACAGCAAGGUUGCUCACCUUGAAACCAUCGACUUUGCCAAACUCCUUGCCCAUGAAGAGGCCGAGAUUUCCAAGCUGGUAUCUGCGUGUGCCACUGCUGGAUUCUUCUACGUCGAUCUUCGGGGCCAGAGUGCUCGCACUCUUAUCGAGGACGAGGAGAGCAUGUACCAGGCCAUGGCCGAGUACUUCGAUCAGCCGCUUGAUGUGAAGAUGAAGGAUGAUCGCGGAACUCACAAACAUGGUUACAAGCCCCCGGGCGUGUUCGCUGGCGUCAAGGAAAAUAGCAAGGAUAACUACGAGACGCUCAAGGUUGCCCGUGACGAAGUGGGCGCAAAUUCCCCACUUCUGCCUUCAGCCGUGAAACGCUACCCGCGCCUCUUCGACGACUUCAUUUCCAAAUCGCACUUGGUGACCAUGACAAUCAUGCGAUCUCUAUCCAACGCCCUAUGCGUCGACCCCGCGGACCGCUUCGAGCAACACCACCGCGAUGAAGCCGACUCCAACACCACGCUCGUCCUCCUGCGCUAUCCAAAGGACGUAUCCUCCACCUGCGUUGGCCACAACCAGCACACGGACAUUGGCUCACUCACGCUCCUCUUCAGCAAGCAAUGGGGUCUGCAGAUCCUGAGCCCCGAAACCCACGAAUGGGAGUGGGUUGCGCCGCGCCCAGCGCACGCCAUCAUCAACAUUGGUGAUUCGCUGCGUUUUCUAUCCGGCAAGAGGUUGGCGUCGUGCAUGCACCGCGUCGUUCCGACUACCGAGACGCCGACUGAGCAUCGCUACUCCGUUGCUUACUUUUUGCGUCCGGAGAACGACCUCAAGUAUGAGGAUCCGGAGGGUCGUGCCAUAUCGGCGCAACAGUGGCAUGAUGAUAAGUAUAGAACCUUUGCGGAUUCGCACGAGAAGCAGGCUACGAAUAGCAUUCUUCUCGGUGGGAUGGAUGUAGCAUCGAGAGAGGGCAUUGUGGUCUGAAACGUUUUGGAUGCUGUGCGAGAUGAACGUCGGGAAACCGGGAGUAUGUAUGUGCCCGUCAUACUAUUAGAGGGAUCGUGCUUCCCGUAGAAGCAGAAUGCACUCGUUGAAUUCAGGGAAU